UUUGGUUUUUAAAUAAACAUGGUCGGCUAGUUUAGCUUUUGAGUUGUAAAGGAUAUAACUCCUAAUUUCGCUUCGAGGCGGCCAGUCAGAAAAAUAUUUUCAUCUUUUGAUUAAAAAUAAUUUAAUUAAAAAUAAAAUAAAUAAAUUAAAAAAUGUCAGAAAUCUCUGAGAUGACACCCGUCAAAUCAGACAUCGCAACUGUAGACACAGACUCACAAAGAAAUCUGAAAAAAACCACCCGGAGCCAAACAGUGCAGUUGCUGCCGCUGAUCGUAAAGUCGGCCACCACUGCCGGAUUUCUUUUUGCAGUCUGGGGGGCUGGGUUUUACCGUUUCAGUGUCUCCUGGGUGAUAGGAGCUUCGACAGCCUAUUUCAUUGGAAAACAGUACAAAAAAAGUUUGAAGGAGGAAAAGAAGCGAUUGGAGGAAGAGAGAGAACUUGAGGAACCCACUCUGGCCAGGGUUGAUGAGCUCCCAACGUGGGUUUAUUUCCCCGAUGUAGAAAGAGCUGAGUGGCUGAAUAAGAUGAUUCAGCAGAUGUGGCCGUACAUAGGCGAACAUGUUUGCAAAACGAUUGCUAGUUUGGAAAAAAUGAUUGACGAAAAGCUUCCCUCCAUUAUUAGGCCAUUCAAAUUUGAGGAAAUAACUCUUGGAGAAAUUCCUCCAAGAUUAGGUGGGGUCAAAGUUUACAUUGAUAAUGUUAAAAGGGAUGAGAUAGUAUUGGAUGCUGAAAUCACAUAUGCAGGUGACUGUGAUAUCAAUCUGUCUAUGAGAGGCCUUCAUGCUGGUAUCAAGGAUAUCUUGCUGCAUGGAAUGAUUAGGAUCAUAUUCAGACCACUGAUAAAUAAGAUCCCAUUAAUUGGUGGCUUGGAAUUCUGCUUCAUUAAUCUGCCUAAUCUCGAUUUCGAUCUGACAAACCUGGCUAACAUAUUUGAUGUACCAUUCUUAAAUGACUCCCUCCGAAAGAUAAUCACAGACCAGGUCAGCAACUUCCUCGUCUUGCCGAACGUCAUCAGGGUUGACCUUGUCUCCCCAUCUGACCUUCUAAACACCAAGCCCUCAGGUCACCGCGGGGUCACCGUCGGUGGAAUUGGUGGCAUUACGUUACCCUAUGGCGUGUUGAGGAUAAAGAUGGUGGAGGCGGAUGAUUUAAAGAGGGCAGACGCUGGGAAGAUUUUUGGAAAAGGAAAGUCUGAUCCAUAUGCUGUUGUUACUGUUGGUGGAACGACAUACAAGACUAAAUACAUCGCAAGUACUUUAUCACCGAGAUGGGAUGAAGUUUUUGAGUUUGCGGUUGAUGAUGUUAAAACUCAAGAGAUCGAAAUCAAGGUGUACGACCAUGAUGACCAUGCUAGUGACGAUUUCAUUGGGAACACCUACAUAAGAUUAGAAGAGGUUGAAAAAGGACACAUGGAUGAAUGGAGAAGAUUGUCAAACGUGAAAACAGGUAGAGUGCAUGUUGUUUGCGACCUGCUCUACCUGACAUUUGAUGCCGACGAUCCUGGAAGGAUAAAAAGUAGAUCAGGUUCGACAUGUCUCUUGAUGGUCGGAGUUGAAUCGGCUAAAGAUCUACCGUCUACAUUUUCUCACAGCAAGGGCCUUUUGGAGCCGAGCCCCUGUGUUAGCCUACAGCUGGGCAACAAACUGGUCAAAACGACCCCGAAACUACGGACCAUUCAUCCCAAAUGGGAUGAAGUAUUCAGUUUCAUGGUCACUGAACCGGAUAAUGAAAUCCUAUUUGUGCAGGUCUUAGAUACAAGUAAGAAUGAUACGUCGCUGGGAAAGAUAUCAUACAAAGUUGAUAAGAUACUGACGGACGAGGAUAUGAUGCUGUGUCAGCCGUUCGCUCUCGACGCUACUACAUCGGCUUCCACGCUCACAAUGAAGAUAUGUUUGAGGUACUUAACCACAACACGUCCAUCGACGCAAGAAGACCCGACCACAACGGCCACAACAAUCGCAUCGGACGAAAUCGCCGGAAGUCCCGAGACCAUUAUCCCGGAUUAUACGGAUAUGGUAGGAAGAACCCGACCGGGCGCUGCUUCCACUGCUGCUAAAUCCGGAUUGGCUGGUGGGAGGAGCGAUAAUGAAGCUAAGGCGAGAUACAGAGGGAGUAAAACUAUGAGUGAAAGCAAGAUAGGGAAGAUGCAGUUGACCCUGAGGUACAAUCUGGAGAGGGAGAAACUGAUACUCAUCAUACACAAGUGCAUAAAUCUGGUAGCCUACGAUAAGGAUAACUUUUCCGAUCCGUACGUGCGUAUGUACCUGCUUCCGGAUCGAUCCAACGCAUCCAAGAGGAAGACCAAUGUCAUGAAGAAUAACCUCAAUCCCGUCUGGGAUGAAACUUUCGAAUGGCCUCUGAAGAAAUUUGAACUGCCGAAUCGCACUUUAGAGAUCAUGGUGAAGAAUUUUAUCGGGGUCUUUGAGAAGAAAACACAAACGGAAAUGGGCGUGGUCAAUUUGAGGCUGUCAGAUUUCGACGAUCUCGCUCAGCCCGUGUCUGAUUGUUCGACUUGCAGGAUCCAACUUCACUUACGGCUUCCAUCUCAACCGUCCUAUAAGGAGAGAGAAAGAGAGAGAAAGGGAAAGAGAGAGAGAGAGAGAGAGAGAGAGAAAGAGAGGGAGAGAGCGAAAGAAAUGAAAGCAAACUUUUCUACUUAUUCUAAAAAAUUAUUAAAAAAGUUAUCUAUAUAAAAUGCCUAUAUGAAAUUGUAAUUUGGUGAUGUUAUAAAGUUAUUAAAACGACUUCAUCUACUCUUUUAUUAUUAUUAAUUUUAUUAUUUAUAUUAUUAUUUACAUUAUUAUGAUUAUUGUUUACUAUGAAUUUUUUCAUGAGCAACAAUCUUGUAUGCAAAGCUUGAAUUUCAUGCAAUGUUCGCGGUGAUACCACGCAUACACAUACAUAUAUACACACCCACACAUACAUACAUAUACACACAUACAUAUACACACACACACAUACAUACAUACAUAUAUACACACAUACAUACAUAUACACACACACAUACAAUAUAUAUACCGUAGUAGUAGUAAUAGUAGUAGUAAUAAUAAUAAUAAU